UCUCUAUAGUAAAGAUAUACAGUGAACAUUUAGAUAUCUGUUCAAUAAGGUUGUAAUUUUCUAAUAAUUUAAGUCAUAAAUAUUAAUAAAUAACACUUGUACAAAAAUGAAGACCCGAUUUAAUUCCUACGAUAUUGUUUGCACUGUAACUGAACUACAGCAACUAAUUGGUAUGCGCGUAAAUCAAAUUUAUGACAUUGAUCAUCGAACAUACCUUAUACGUUUGCAACGAAGCGAAGAAAAACGUGUUCUUUUGCUGGAAUCUGGCAAUAGAAUUCAUACAACAGCAUUUGAAUGGCCAAAAAAUGUAGCACCAUCCGGAUUUUCUAUGAAAAUGCGCAAACAUCUUAAAAAUAAAAGACUUGAAAGCCUUACUCAAGUAGGAGUGGAUCGAAUAAUAGAUCUACAGUUUGGAAGUGGUGAAGCAGCAUAUCAUGUAAUCUUAGAACUGUACGAUCGUGGUAACAUAGUUUUGACAGAUUAUGAAAUGACCAUUUUAAAUAUAUUAAGGCCUCAUACAGAAGGGGAUAAAAUUAGGUUUGCUGUUAAGGAGAAGUAUCCUGUGAAUAGAGCUCAUCAAAAUACAAUGCCACCCAUGGAAGAAAUUCAAAAUCGUCUUCAGAAUGCUAAAGCAGGAGAAAGUUUGAAGAAAGUAUUAAAUCCACUUCUAGAAUUUGGUUCUGCCGUAAUUGAUCAUGUUUUGUUAAAACAUGGAUUUACAGUUGGCUGCAAAAUAGGCAAAGAUUUCAAUAUUGUAGAACACAUGCCGAAUUUAAUUUCAGCAUUAAAUUGUGCAGAUGAAAUGAUGGACUUUGCUCGGAAAAAUGUCUCUAAAGGAUAUAUUAUACAAAAGAAAGAAUCAAAACUAACACCAGAUGGCAAAGAGGAUUUUAUAUAUGCCAACAUUGAAUUCCACCCCUUUUUAUUUGAACAGCAUAAAGAUUUUCCAUUUAAAGAAUUCGAUUCCUUCGAUGUCACGAUAGAUGAAUAUUUCUCUACAAUGGAAGGUCAAAAGUUAGAUUUAAAAGUUUUGCAACAGGAACGCGAAGCUCUUAAGAAAUUGGAUAAUGUAAAGAAAGAUCAUGACCAGAGAUUAAUAUCACUAGAGAAAACUCAGGAAAUAGACAAACAAAAAGCAGAAUUAAUUUCCCGAAAUCAAAUGUUAGUGGACAAUGCUAUAUUAGCUAUACAAAGUGCCCUUGCAAAUCAAAUGGCUUGGCCAGAUAUAAAAAUUCUCUUAAAGGAGGCAGAGAGUAGAGGAGAUCCUGUUGCAUCUGCAAUUAAACAAUUGAAACUAGACACAAACCAUAUUUCUCUGUUGUUACAUGAUCCUUAUCAAGAUAGUGAUGAAGAAUCGGAGUUGAAGCCUAUGUUGAUUGAUAUUGAUCUAGCACACACAGCUUUUGGAAAUGCUAGAAAAUAUUAUAAUCAAAAGAGGUCGGCAGCUAAAAAACAGCAAAAAACAAUAGAGUCUCAAGAUAAAGCUUUAAAGUCAGCAGAGAAGAAAACGAAACAAACAUUGAAAGAAGUACAAGCUAUUCACAGUAUCAAUAAAUUAAGGAAAAUAUAUUGGUUCGAAAAAUUCUAUUGGUUUAUUAGCUCGGAAAAUUACCUGGUAAUUGGUGGAAGAGAUCAACAGCAGAACGAAUUAAUUGUAAAAAGGUAUCUCAAAUCUGGAGAUAUAUACGUUCAUGCCGAUUUAACUGGUGCUAGUUCUGUAGUAAUUAAAAACCCAGGUGGUGGACCGGUACCACCAAAAACGUUAGCUGAAGCUGGCACAAUGGCUGUUGCUUACAGUAUUGCAUGGGAAGCUAAAGUAGUAGCGGGAGCAUGGUGGGUAAAUAACGAUCAAGUGUCCAAGACGGCUCCAACUGGCGAGUAUCUUACUACUGGAUCGUUUAUGAUUCGUGGAAAAAAGAAUUAUUUACCACCGUGCCAAUUGGUUAUGGGAUUAGGAUUCUUAUUCCGAUUAGAAGACAGUUCAAUUGAAAGACACAAGGAUGAAAGAAGAGUCAGAGUUAUAGAUGAUGAAAGUGAACCUGCAGAAGCAUUAGUUGAAGAUGAUCGAGAAAUAGAAUUAAUAGGGGAUUCUGAUGAAGAUGAACAGCCUGAGAAGAAAGAUAGUUUAGAUCCGAUUCAAGAAGAAUCUAAAGCAGAUUUAAUUAUGAAAGAGAAUGAUGUUAAUCAAGAUUCUAGCGAUGAAGAUGAUAAUAGAUCUAAAUUUCCUGAUACUCAAAUUAAAAUAGAUGUUUCUGGUCCAAAGGUAAAAUUGCACAUUGACAAUAAUCAAACAUCAGCUACGGUGCAAAAGGAUUUACAUCAUGUGGUUUAUUUAGGAGAUGAUAAGCCUGUAAUAAUAAAAACUACCGCCAAGGUAAAGAGUUCGAUACACAAUCCUUCUAAAAACGAAAAUAAAGAAGAAACGACUGAAGCAGAGACUAAAAAGGAUGGCCAAGUAGUAUUAAAACGUGGACAAAAAGGAAGAUUGAAAAAGAUGAAAGGGAAAUAUAAAGAUCAAGAUGAAGAAGACAGAAGGUUGUCUAUGCAAGUUCUUCAAUCAGCAGGUGCUGCAAAAGAAGACAAGAAAAAAAAUAGGAAUAAAGAUCCAUCUGGACCAAAGCAACCAACAAAGAAAAAGGGUGCAUCAAAACCAGUUCAACCACAAAAUUCUCAAGUUGUAGACAACAUUGAAGAAGAAGAUACUGGUCCGGGACCGGAAGUAGAUAUGUUGGAUCAAUUAACAGGAAAACCUGUUACAGAAGACGAAUUGUUAUUUGCAGUACCAGUAAUAGCUCCUUACAAUACAUUAUUAAAUUACAAAUUUAAAGUAAAGUUAACACCGGGAACCGGCAAAAGAGGGAAAGCAGCUAAAACUGCCGUGGCAGUAUUUAUGAAAGAUAAAGAGAUUACUUCAAGAGAAAAAGACUUGUUAAAAGCUGUUAAAGAAGAAUUGGUAGCUAGAAAUAUUCCUGGAAAAGUUAAAAUAAGUGCUCCACAAAUACAAAAACUGAAAAAGUAAAUAGUUGGAAUGCAGCUUUCAAAUAUUGUUAAUAAACAAACGUAUUUAUAUGUA